CGACGUCCACCUGGCUCACUUCUGCAGGCUUCUGGGCCUGGAGCAUCCUCAAAUGGAGCACUGGCUGUGCCACAGGAAGUUGGUGACGGCGUCCGAGACCUACGUAAAAAACAUGUCGGCCAAGCAGGCAGGCAAUGCCCGCGACGCCCUGGCCAAGCACAUCUACGCCCGCAUGUUCGACUGGAUCGUGUCACACAUUAACCUGGCGCUGCACACGACCUCCAAGCAGCACUCCUUCAUCGGCGUCCUCGACAUUUACGGGUUUGAAACCUUUGAGAUCAACAGCUUUGAGCAGUUCUGCAUCAACUACGCCAACGAGAAGCUCCAGCAACAGUUCAAUUCGGUGAGGUGCCCCCUAGACUUAGAAA